CAUUUCAUGUGCACAGUAAGAUUCACUUCAGGAAGAAUAAUUAUCUCAAAAAAUUCCUUAAAAUGCAGCAUUAUUUAUGAAGUAAAGAUCACUUGGAAACUACAUCUAUACAAGAGUGAACCCGGUGACCAUGUCCACAGCCAGCACACAGUAUCACAUGCCCUCGGAGUAUGAGGAUGAGGCACCUUUGUCAUACGACCCUCAGUUCACGGCAGAGAUUAGCAACAAGAUGCAGGUUCCUGACAGAAUCCAGAUGCACCCGCAGCCUCAGUCUGGAUACCCUACUUACCAAGAGAACAAUGAGGACCCCCACAGAGAUGUCAGGCACGCAAUGAAAGUGCCAGACAGAAUUGUCAUUGCAGGACACAACCAACACAUAGGUAUGAAGCAGGAGCCACGCCCCCUGGACUUGGACGUGCUGAACCAAACUGACCAGACCUCACAUUACGUGGGACUGACCACGCCCCCUCGCGUCUUGACCGUGGAGGAAAGCGGGUUCCCCAUCAUUGAGGAGGAGGAGGAGGAAGAGAGGGAGGAGGGCGGGACUGGAGAUCAUGGGUCAAGGUCACAUAAUACAACCUUGAUGUUGGAUAUGUCAGCUCAGGGACAGCAUACAUUGGA